AUGGUGCAGCCUUCCAUCGCAAGCGCAGCAGCUGCAGCAGCAGCGAACAAGGACCGCUCUCGCUACGAGCUGCAGUUCUACAAGACGCGGACCUGCUCCUUCUUCCAGAAGGGGAAAUGCACCCGCGGUGAGAAGUGCAAAUACGCCCACGGUGACCGGGAGUUGAAGGAGAGGCCUGACCUGACCUUCACCUCCCUGUGCCGCGAGUUUGUCGCUACCGGGGCUUGCAACGAUCCCACCUGCUCCUUCGCGCACAACCCUGGGCAGCUGCGAGCCACCGGAAAGUUCUACAAGACCUCGCUCUGCAAGUUCCAUUUGCAAGGGCGCUGCCGCCUCGGGGAGGAGUGCCGCCAUGCUCAUGGGGUCGAGGAGUUGCAACAGCUUCCCGAGUCCGCCACCAAAGUCAGGAUGAUGGCCCCCCCGGGCCUUGAGAAAGAAGGCCCCAGCCAGAACAUGGCGGCCGCAGCAAUGCUGCUGACCGCUGCAGCAACAGGCGCACAGCUUGGACCCAUGAGCACCCCAUGGCCAACUUCCGAGCUCCUCAUGGGCAGGCACAUGGAUCAACCGGCCUUCGUGCCGAUGGGCCAGGAUCCACCUCUGAGUUUGUUGGCAGCGCAGUUCGGAACGCACUUCGAGUUGCCGAAGGACAACUUUGUCUUGCCAUCUCUAGCGCAGGCCUACUCAGGACCCCUGAAAUCUUCCUCGUCCUGGACGACCGCCCACUCGAGCGCUUCCAGCACAAGCAGCACCAUCAGCGCUGAGGACCUGGAGCCGGCACAUGUCAAUCUGCCCAGCGACUGGCUGACUACCAUCUGA